AUGCGUGGGUUUCAGACAGCUUGGUUUUUGCUUUUUGGCAUAGUUAUCACUGUAGCCGCUACUUCAACGGGGGACAGUCCUGCUAUUCUCAACUUUCGCCCCUCUAAUGUGACCCUGAGCAGUCUUUAUUAUUGGGUUGGAUCGUAUUUUAAUGGCACGACCCAUUUUGAAUUCUCUCCCUAUGGCGAACUAGCAGCUUCGGAAACCGGGGGCUGCCCAGCUCUUCGCAACAAAACGAUUACGAAAGACUACAAGACACUACUAGCGCUCACAGAGCCUAGUACAUAUAAUACAGCCAAUGACCCAGUCAAUGCUUUUCUCACGCUCUGGCCUCUUGGUUUCGAUUUCGGUACACUCCCUGACGAGAUCUCAUUCGAGAUAUCGGAUUCACUAGACUAUGCAGUCUAUUCGUCUGACCCGAUAUUUAACAAUUAUAGCUCGAAGAUCACUCCGAAUAACUUCAUCUGGUCGCUAGAGAAAACCCAGGUCCCCCCAUAUAAUCUCUCUAGCGUCCUAACGGAUUAUCGCGGCGUUCUAUCCACACAAGAUGGAGCCGAUAAUUCCUUACAAGUCAACAGCACAAUAGCCAAUUGCAGCGGGACCGAAGUUUUCAGUUGGCAAUUUGCACCACUGUCCUACAAUACCACUUACAACGGAACCAAUUUCGCGAACCCGGUUAUGAAUCUCCAGUUUGAUGGUCAGACUGCGAACUUGUCCAUGAAGGGAUACUUUAGUGCGAUCUCUGAGUACAGGACAGAGUCGGUAUACCAGGAAGGAUCUGUGACUUUUACGGGCGAAUUCACCAUGACCUUUGCAGGGGUUAUCGAUCUCUACCAUUCGGAUAUACUUAGGAACGAUACGGCCACUCCUACAUGGUUGCGCACUGUUGGCUAUCAGAAUAAUUCGUUGAAUGUUGGCUACACAUCUGGGUCAGCGGGUGGUCAGCUGGUUGGACCUUGGUCACUGGCUAUGAUCAUGGUUCUGUCGCACGUGUUGCUAUUUUUCUAUUGA